AUGGACCCUACUAGGCCUACCAUUACAAUAGUUGCUAGUCUAGCUUCUUCCUCUACUAGUUCGCUAUUAGUGCCCCUCGUUAGCUCACCUAUUACUGUUGACGAGGACUCUCUUCUCGUUGUUCCUUAUGUUCCUCCUUCUAUGCUGCUAUUGAAAAAGCAGGAGUUGAAGAAGGCAUUUUUACCAGAAAUCAUGGGGCAGGAAAUGCAUACGGUGGGGUUAUCGAGUGGUGUACAAAAACCCUCAGUAAAAAGGAUCAUUUCAUCUCUGCAAUUUCUACUUGAUGAAGCUAACAUCAUUAGGUUAGAUCUCAGCCAGAAUAUUGAUGGGGUUAAGGUCUUCCAAGUUUAUGGUUUCUGGAUUGGGGUUGUUGGUAAUUUUGAUUUGAUGGAUGAUCAUAGCUUUUCUAAUGAAAUAAGUGGUUCCUUCAAUUAUGUUUGGUGCCUUAGCAAGUUGUUAGGUUUUGAUCAUUCAAUCAUCGUUGAAGUUUUCUUAUUUUCUAUAUUCUUUGUGAAACCACCGUUGGCGAGUCAUUCAACUGGGUUUUGUCACUUUGAUGUUAUAGGAAUGGGAACAAAAGUGCAGUCUAAAAGCUAUCUUCCAGGAUAUUGCUCAAUGAGGGAUCUCAAUGAGGACUCUAACAGUUGUAGCUGGCCACUUUAUUAUGGGGAUAAAACCUUGACCAAUGGUCGGUAUUACAGUAGUUUUUUCCCGAGGACCAUUGCCGAUGCAUAUCCUGGGCAUGAUAAGGAUGUUUUGAAGCGAACUAUGCUUGAGCAUGAGGCGACAUUCAAGAUUCAGGUGUCUGAGCUUCAUCGCUUGUACAGGAUUCAAAGGGAGUUGAUGGAUGAAAUAAAGAAGAAACAAUUACAAAAAAAUCAGAUUCCUAUUGGGCCAUCAUUGUCAUCAAGCCCAUUAGCUUCGCAAAUUACAACUGAAAAUGCUCAUAAAUGGCAUAUCCCCUUCCCUGAGGCAAACUCCAUUUGUGCUAGACCAUUGAUAUCUGGUGUUGAGCAUAGUCAUUCUCCUCUGAGUUUCAUGAAGGCAAGCAGUAUCCAAGCUGGUUCCUUUCUGUCACAAAGUGGAGGUAACUCAAAGGAUGUUGAGGUGCUAGAGUGCAGACCCACAAAAAUGAGAAGGAAAAUGUUUGAUCUUCAACUUCCGGCGGAUGAGUACAUUGAUCCUGAAGAAGCAGUGCAGUUCAAGGAUGACUUAGAAUCUGGCAUGUCAAGAUUUCUUCCAAGUGGUAAUGGGAAUACCAGGCCUGAGAACGCUGAGAAGCUAUUCCGUGGUGAUGUUUGGAAGACUGGUUGCUCAGGCGAUGCUUCAAGAUGUUUGAAGGGUAAAAAUAGUUUGGCCGACUUGAAUGAGCCUAUUCAGAUCGAAGAAACCAAUAAUUCUGCAUAUUCUGAUUGCCAUGACGCCUAUCAUGGUGGCCGUGAACUGUCUGUGAAACCUAAGCAAGAGCUUGGUUUGUCAAAAGAAAUUUCUGUCAAUUCUCAUCUUCGAAGUGAUAAUAGUUCCACAAAUAAUAUACAUGCUGAAAGCAAUGGAAAUGCUAGAGGAUUCUUUUCCCAUGUGCUUGAAGCAGGGAAUGGUAAAAGCAACUUAGUAACUACUUCUCAAGGUUUUCAGCCUGAGAAGUUCCCUGUAUCAUCUCAGCAGGUAUGCGUUCUUUUUGACAAAGCUCGUGAUCCUCCAGCUUUUUCUCUGACUGAUCAAAGCAAGGCAGAUCUCUCUAGAGAGAGAAUGCUUCACGGUUUAGAAGUUCCAGGAAGGAAUUGUGAAAUCUCUAAUAACAGUUAUCCAGAUUUAAUAACGACUUCCAAUAUACCUAGUUUGAAUCCAUUUGCUUCUUCCAAUGCGGUAAAGCAGUGGUCUCAUUCAGUUUCCUCUUGGGAAAAGCCUUCUAGUGACCUAAGCCAAAAGUCAAUGUCAGUUCAGAGUCACCCAUUUUUUAAUUCAUCUGGUAGUAAGAGUUCCGUGAUAGCACCCCAAAGCAAUGGGAUUUUUGGUGAGAAGUGGCAGACGAGUUGCAAUUCUAGACUUAACCCAGGUUUUGGAGGUGAAUUGCCCAAACGGAAUGGAUUUUAUCAUGGAUCAUCAUCAGGGUCCAAGGAACCUGCAAUUCGAUUCAGUUAUGAUUACCCAGACUGUAGUAAUGAUAGUAAGGGGGUCUUUGAGCACUUCACCAUUCAUGGUUCAGCUAAGCUCUACAAUUGCUCAAGUAGCAUAGAUAUGAAAUCUACAAGUGAUGUGAAUUUGAAUGUGAGGCGUUUAAAUAGUUCUUCUAAUGAACCCUUUUUGCAACAUGGUUAUCAAAUAGAUGGAGGAAGAAAGCACGAGGACCAUCCUCCAGGUCUGCCAUGGCUGCGAGCCAAGCCUGCUUGUAAGAAUGAUGCCCCUAAUGCAGGAAUGGAUUUGAACGUUGGAGAGUUGAGCUUCACUCAAUCUUCUCCAAAGCAGUCAACCAUUAAAAAUGAGACCGGAAAUGGUUUCAACCAAAUUUUGAUACAGGAUAUGAAGUCAGUUCCAUUCUCCAAUAAUAUCGGUGCCAGCAGAAGUGAAAUAAAUGAAUGCCUGCACAAUAAAAAGAUUCUAGGGAUUCCCAUUUUUGAGAGAUGUUAUAUUUCUAAGAAUGAGUCUUCUUUUACCUCCCCGCACGUAUCUGUUUCUCAGCCAGCUGAAGGUGAAGCAGAAAAUAAGGGGAGAAAUAGGUUACUUGAUAUUAACUUACCUUGUGAUGCCACGAUUCCAGAUGUGGGCCAAGACACUGUUGCAGAGAAUUCUGUCAUAGAGAAGGACGUGAAUACGAAGCUUUCAAGUUUCAGACCUGAAAUUGACUUGAACUCCUGUGUUGAUGAGAAUGAUGUUUCUUUUAUACCCUCUGUUCCUAGCACCAGCAUGAAGAUGACUGGAGGGAUAGAUUUAGAAGCUCUGCUGGCUCCCGAGCCUGAGGAUGCCAUUUAUGCAGAAGAAUUAUUGGGAAAGGCAUGUGCGCUACUUCCGCAAUCGGUGCAAAACAAAGAUGAUUGCUUGCAGGAUGAAGUUUUUAAGAGUGCAGCUGAGGCAAUAGUUGCCAUCUCAUCAUCAGGUCUUUACAGCCAUUUGGAUGAUGUCAAUUGCAAUCUAUCUGAAACUGCUGAGAUAGACCGCCUUAAUUGGUUCGUCGAGACAAUUUCCUCUUUUGGCGAGGAUCUUGAGAGCAAGGUCGAGGCUUUUUCAAGAGUUAAAGUUGGGGAUCGAGAUGAAUCUUCAUUGGAAGAGAUUGAUUAUUUUGAAUUGAUGGUUUUGAAAUUAGCAGAGACCAAGGAAGAGGGUUAUAUGCCUGAACCUCUGGUUCCUGAAAACCCUAAAGUGGAAGAAACUGGGACUAUUUCUUUGUUAACAACUCGAACGCGAAAGGGCCAGGGAAGGCGAGGAAGGCAGCGGAGGGACUUCCGAAGGGACAUCCUUCCAGGCCUUGCUUCCCUAUCAAGGCACGAGGUAACUGAAGAUCUUCAGACAUUCGGAGGGCUUAUGAGAGCAACGGGACAUUCAUGGCAAUCGGGAUUGACAAGAAGAAAUGCCACCAGAAGUGGGUGUGGCAGGGGGAGGCGAUCGUUGGUAACAAACUCCUCUCCUCCGGCUUCGGUAGCUGCGACAACAUGCACACCGUUGAUGCAGCAUUUUAGUAAUAUGGAAGUGGGGUUGGAGGAUAGAAGCCUUACAGGAUGGGGGAAGACAACUAGGCGGCCUCGCAGGCAAAGAUGCCCCGCAGGUAAUCCUCCAUCUAUUGUCUUGCAUUAACCUAGUAACGGAUUGAAAACAGGAUUUUAAUGUAUUGAUUGAGGAAAAAAAAUACUAUAGAGGGAAGUAGUUCAUUGUUCGCUUCAUCGGCAGGUUUUAUCAAUUAUCCAUGGGGGUCUUGCCUUUUGUACAUUUUUUUUUAAAAAAAAAAAAAAAUCAUGAAAUUUGGGUACACUGGAUUGUGUGUCUUGGGGUGGUUAGGUUACAAACAACUUGUAUUAUCCAUAAAUAAUGUUGGAUGAUUUGUUCCCAAGAUACGUGGCACCGAAUUUUACUUGUCUGGUUGGUUUAUUUUGGUAAAUGUCUGGAAACGUAAUGCUAUUACAGAUAGAGAAGCAUAAGCUAGAUGGUUGUGUCUUUUUACCACAACAAAGAUUAGGCAUGUAAUGUAAGGCAACCAUAAUUGUGAUAUAAUAAUGUCAAAUGUUUGUAUUUAAUGAGGAAUAAUAACAUUUGAAGCUAAGUGAGUUUGGACUAGACCGGGUGGACCAGGAACUGUUGGAAGUUCUGGUUCUGAAACUAGUUGAAACUUUAAUGUGGUUUGAGGGGGAACACGUGAAGAAGAGGAGCGUGGAGGAAAAUGUGACUGUAAGCACAUACUAAAUAUGGUGUUGGAGUUGUAUUUUAGUUAAGAGUGAAAAUGUGACGAUCGCAUCGAAUUA